AUGAAAUACCCACCAUGUGUUCACGUGUUUGGGUCUGGCAUAUGUUACCAUUCCAUAAGCGCCCCGUACCCGCAGCGCCCGUGUAGCUCGCGCCCCCGUCCCCUCCCCGUCGCGCCCCCGUCGCCUCCCCGCUACCUCCCCACUACCUCCCCGUCGCCUCCCGUCGCCUCCCCGUCCCCUUCCCCGUCGCGUCCCUGUCACCUCCCGUCCCCUCCCCGUUCGCCUCCGCGUCGCAUCCCCGUCGCCUCCCGUCGCCUCCCCGUCCCCAUCCCCGUCGCGUCCCCGUCACCUCCCGUCCCCUCCCCGUCGCCUCCGCGUCGCAUCCCCGUCGCCUCCCGUCGCCUCCCCGCCCCCUUCCCCGUCACGUCCCCGUCACCUCCCGUCCCCUCCUAUGGUUCCGACAGUGGCGCGGCGACGGCGCGGACCGAGUGGGCCUCGCGCGGCAUCGCCGCCCCCUGGAACAGCAUCGCGGUGGGUUCAGCAACGCGCGCUCAAGGCGGCACUGCUGGCGGCGCUGGGCGCGGCGUGCUGCAUCGCGUUUCUGCGCGCCGGCCUGCCAUUUCGCGAUGA